CUUCAUUUAGUCUAAGUAGUUUCUAAAUUCGAAACUUGAGUUUUGAAACUCGAGAUUCAAAAUCCAAACUCCAAACCCCAAAAACAUGGCCGAAGUCGAAGGUGAACCCGGAAGCUCCAUGCAUGGGGUGACAGGCAGAGAGCAAACCUUUGCGUUCUCAGUAGCUUCCCCCAUCGUCCCAACAGACCCAACAGCCAAAUUUGACCUACCAGUUGAUUCAGAGCACAAGGCCAAAGUUUUCAAAAUCUUCUCUUUGGCCAACCCUCACAUGAGAACCUUCCACUUGUCUUGGAUCUCCUUCUUCACUUGCUUUGUCUCAACUUUUGCAGCGGCCCCACUUGUCCCUAUAAUCCGAGACAACCUCAACCUCACAAAGCAAGACAUUGGAAAUGCUGGGGUUGCCUCUGUCUCAGGCAGCAUAUUCUCAAGACUUGUAAUGGGUGCAGUGUGCGAUUUGCUAGGGCCACGAUAUGGGUGUGCCUUUCUCAUGAUGCUCUGCGCACCCACUGUGUUUUGCAUGUCAUUUGUAUCUGAUGCUGGGGGCUACUUGGCAGUGAGAUUCAUGAUUGGUUUUUCGCUUGCUACAUUCGUGUCAUGCCAGUAUUGGAUGAGUACCAUGUUUAACGGUAAGAUUAUUGGGCUGGUUAAUGGGACAGCUGCUGGGUGGGGAAACAUGGGUGGUGGGGCCACCCAGCUCUUGAUGCCAUUGGUGUUUGAUAUCAUUGGAAGAGUUGGUGCAACUCCUUUCACUGCUUGGAGAAUUGCCUUUUUCAUCCCUGGCUGGCUUCAUGUCAUUACGGGAAUAAUGGUCUUGACCCUUGGCCAAGACUUGCCUGAUGGGAAUCUUGCUGCCCUGCAAAAGAAGGGUGAUGUUGCCAAAGAUCAAUUCUCCAAGGUAUUGUGGCAUGCUAUAACAAACUACAGGACAUGGAUCUUUGUCCUUCUCUAUGGCUACUCCAUGGGUGUUGAAUUGUCCAUUGAUAAUGUUAUUGCUGAAUACUUCUAUGACAGGUUCAAUCUCAAGCUUCACACAGCUGGAAUCAUUGCUGCAGCAUUUGGCAUGGCCAACAUAGUGGCCCGUCCCUUUGGAGGAUUUGCGUCUGAUCGAGCAGCCAGGUACUUUGGCAUGAGGGGCAGGCUAUGGACUCUUUGGAUCCUCCAAACACUAGGAGGAGUCUUUUGCAUCUGGCUCGGCCGAGCAAACUCACUCCCCAUUGCGGUCUUUGCCAUGAUCCUCUUCUCUGUAGGAGCCCAAGCUGCAUGCGGAGCCACCUUUGGCGUCAUCCCCUUCAUCUCCCGGCGAUCCCUCGGCAUCAUAUCGGGCCUCACUGGAGCGGGUGGGAACUUCGGGUCCGGGCUGACCCAACUAGUGUUCUUCUCAAGCUCAGCAUUCUCAACUGCGACAGGGUUGUCUCUGAUGGGGGUAAUGAUCGUGUGCUGCACACUUCCAGUGACUUUGGUGCACUUCCCUCAGUGGGGGAGCAUGUUCCUUCCGCCUUCAAAAGAUGUCGUGAAAUCAACGGAAGAGUUUUACUAUGGAGCUGAGUGGAAUGAGGAGGAGAAGCAGAAGGGGCUACACCAGCAGAGUUUGAGGUUUGCAGAGAAUAGUAGGUCUGAGCGUGGUAGGCGUGUUGCCUCAGCUCCAACCCCACCCAACACCACACCUUCCCAUGUUUAG